AUGUAGGUUCAAAACCAAUAACAUUCGAGAAAAUCUAGAAAUAGAAUUUUUGAUUCUCCCAUUUCAGAAUCAAUAUCUUUAUCACGAAAUCUAUCUACUAAUUUUACUCCUGUGUAGUAUGAUGAGAAUGAAAAACAUUUUAUAAAAACAUCACAAUUUUCUACUAGCACUCCAGUUGAUUAAUCAAUCCAAGAAGCAUAAUUUUAGUAGCCAAUUUAAGCAGAGCUUGGUUUUGCAAUAUAAAAUACUCCUUAAUUUUUUAAGCAAAACAAAAUUAUUAGAAGAGAACUCGGAAAAUAUAUAGAUGAAAGUGGGUAAUUAAAAAUUGAUGAGGGAUAGUCAGAGGACAUUUAAUCAAGUGAAGAAAGCCUUAGAUCUUUUCCUUAAGGUUUUAUUAGUAAAUUUGAAAAAAAAGAAAGUAUUAAAUAGUAGCCUAUAGCUACAAAUUAAUAAGAUUACUCAUUAAAAAUUUCAGAUUUAAAGUCAGAACAUAUUUUAAAAGAUACUUCAAUACAAGAAAAUCAACUAGAUAGUAAUAAUAACUCUUAAAGAAUGACACAGAAUAUUUUUAGUAUUUAAAAAUCCUAAGGAGAUUAGCAGAGCGAACAUUCAAUAGAAUCUGUGAAAAAUGAAAACUAAGAUUCCUCUAUAUCUAAUGCUUAAUUAAGCUAAUAAUUUAAUUAAUAAUAAUCAUUUGAUUAAUCAAAUAUUAGUUAAUGGUCAGUUGAGCAAAUCGAAAUAUUAAUUUAAGGAGUUUAAGUUACAAAAUAUAGUCGCAAAACAUUAUUUGGUAAAAAGAGAAGGAUAUUGUAAGUUUCUCCAGAUCUAAAGUUAUUAAUCUUUAGAAAUUUAGAACAUAAAAUUACAAAGACAUACUCAAUUAACAAAAUUACUAAAAUGGAGAAAGGAGCAAAUACACAAACAUUUAGAUUGUAUAAACCAAAAUCCGAUACUUUAUGGUUAUGCUUUUCAAUAUUUCUUGAUGAAAGAACAGUUGAUCUAAGUGUAAAAACUUAAGAAUAGUUAAGAUAAAUUUUAGAUUGCCUUUAUGGAUUAAUCUAAAAGCAUUGA